AUGAAGAAGAAGAACAACCGCGUCGUGGAGAAGUCCGACCACAUCACGGAGGAGAUCAAUCACAUCCUGGAGGAGAAGUUUGACGAGUUCAACGACGACUACCAGAUCCACCUGAUCUUGGACAAGGACGUCGUGGACAUGGAGGAGAAGAUCAUGACAGUGGACCAGAAGA